UUUGGCUACCUAUCAUAGACAAUUUUACUGAAGCCAUGAAGCGGACAUUUCAUGACUUGGUGGCCGACAUGCCUUGGUACACGCUAAACCCAUUGUGUCUUAAACAAGAAGCAAAACAAUACAUCAAAGAGAAGUGGAUGUAUGAAAAGAAGGCGUCGUUGGUGGUGCUACACCAAGGGAAGGUUGUGUGCCACGACGCCUUCCACCUGGUGCGUAUUUGGAAAAAACUCGACUUCUCCUUCACCGCCGAAGAAGCAAAUAAUCUUUGGAGUAACGUUUCAUGGAAGCUCAAUUUAUUUGAAGAUCAUUUUGAUGCCACUACCAAGGAAUGGGUGAAGAAAAAUAAUGGCAUUUGUCUAUACGGAGGGAAGGACAUCGAAUGGAUAAAAAAAUUUACCACAGAAUUAAAGCGUGUCUCAGAGCUUAGCAAAACGCAACUAAAGAUAGUGUACAUUGGGAAGCAUGUGAAGGAGGUGAUGAAUAAGGCCAGAGUUGAAAAAUACAAUGUGGAUUGUUGGGAUGAGGCCAAGAUUUGCAAAUUCUGGGAACACCUUGAGAGUAUGUGGCAUUGCAAGAUGCAAUACCAAGGCAACACCAGCAAUAAUGAUGUCCUCUUGCAGGAACUUAUGAGGAUGAUAAGCUUCGGUAACAGUGAGGAGGGGUGGGCAAUAUUUAGCAAAGGAGCAUCAUCGAACAUUAUGAAGGCCCAUGGGAAAGAGCUUCUUGAAUGCUUUCAAGCAUGGGGAACGUCUAAUGAAGAAUUUUUUAUGGAACUGUCAAAAAAGUUCAGUAAUAUAAUACUGCCCGCUGAUCAUCAUUGCAUUAGCUUCGUACUCCCAAGAGAUGCUGCUAACUUCGAGGAGGAGGUGCUUUGUGUGCAGUGCCAAAAACCAAUGGAUCGGAGGAGUUUGUGCUCUAUCGCUAUUGCAAAUAAUCGGGCAAAGAGUACGUUGAAAACUUUGUUUAUUACUAGUCCUUUGUGACGAUUGUGAGUAUACCUAAAUAAAAUUGGACAUUGUUAUGUCCAAUCUAGCCGGUGAUAGUGUGGUGAUGCUUGUUUGAAUUGAAAGUUGUUGUCGUUAAG